GCAAUGCCAACUCCAGAAGUUAGUGGAAAACAUUGAAGAAAGAUUAACGAGUGUAUGCCUAUAUAUACUAUGGGAAUCCAAGAAUCUAAUAGAAUACACUAUGGAAAGUCACAAUCUUCUGUUGAAUUGGGUACCUCGUCAGGGGCCAUGAUGCCUUUUGGAGGUCUGAACAAUAUGAGACAACCUGAUAAUAAUAACUCUUCAGGGUCCCCUUCUGCUGGAAAAUCUCUAGAAGCUACGUCAUUCUCCAAGGGAACUGAGAGUGCAAUAAUGACUGGGGACAAAGGAAUUCUUUCUGAAGAAAGGAAACAUCUCCUAGCUGUCAAAAAAGUAGAGCUUGAAAAGCAAAUUCAAGAAAGAGCUGGUGCACAAGCUUCGUCAACUACUUCUUUUCAGCAGCAAGAUUCCUCUAGUACAAAGGGUGAUGUUGACAGUGUAUGGAGACCAUCAGUCUUGGGGACAAACAUCACUCUUGGGGACAAAAGAAUUGGUAUCAAAACUAGUGUUCUGGAAGAAAAGGCCACAGCCUGUAACAUGCUUUGCUGUUAUGCUGAUGAGUUGAAGGAAGGAUUCUUUCCAUGGAUUGAUCAGGUUGCAGGAACUUUAGUUCCACUUCUUAAAUUUUACUUCCAUGAGGAGCUUAGAAAAGCAGCCGUUUCAGCAAUGCCGGAGCUAUUACGUUCUGCAAAGUUGGCUAUUGAGAAAGGGCAAUCUCAAGGUCGGGAUGCAUCCUAUUUGAAGUUUUUGAGUGACAGUAUCAUCCCAGUUUUGGUGGACGCUUUACAUAAGGAACUGAACUAGCUGAAAGAAUGUGUUAUGGGAAUAUCUAUGAACUUGGUCACAUUCUUGGUUGGAAUUUUGAAUCUUCCAUCAGCUAAAUCUGCUACAAUAUUAACCAAUUUAAUGGGAACUCUCAACCUUCUUGGCCUCCUUGGUGGCUUCUUAGCUGAUCCUGGCAUUCAAAAUUUAUAUGAUGCUAUAAGAACAAUACAAUGAAUUUAUGUUUUGAAUUAUAGUUGAUGUAUUAACACAUUUUGCUGAUGUAUAGUUGUUAUUUAUUAUUAUAGUUGAUAUAUCAAUACACUUUGUUUA